AUGUCACGAAGUAAUAGUAUAUACACAGAAGAUAUUGAGAUGUUUCCUACCCAUAAUGAGCAACAUCUAACGAGAGAAUACACAAAACCGGAUGGUGAAGCAAAAAGUGAAAAACUAAAUUUCGAAGGCGCUUAUAUCAACAGUCACGGGACUUUAUCCAAGACCACCACUAGAGAAAUAGAGGGCGAUUUAGACUCCGAGAUCUCUUCUCAUUCUGGUGAUGAUAAGGUUAAUCCAAUUCAACAGAUAACUACAGAGACAGGUGCGCCAUAUACUUUACUAAGUUACGGUCAGAAGUGGGGAAUGGUAGCAAUUUUAACAAUGUGCGGCUUUUGGUCUUCAUUAGGAUCUCCGAUCUAUUAUCCUGCUUUGAGACAGCUGGAGAAGCAGUUUGAUGUGGAUGAAAAUAUGGUUAAUGUUACUGUGGUUGUGUAUUUGUUAUUUCAAGGUAUAUCUCCCACAGUUAGCGGUGGCUUGGCGGAUUGCUUUGGGCGGAGACCUAUAAUUUUAGCAGGUAUGUUGAUAUACGUUGUUGCAUCCAUCGGGCUAGCAUGUGCUCCAUCAUACGGUGUUAUCAUCUUCUUGAGAUGUAUUCAGAGUAUUGGUAUUUCCCCCACAAUUGCAAUUAGUUCAGGUGUUGUUGGGGAUUUCACCCUAAAGCACGAAAGAGGCACAUUUGUUGGUGCCACCUCAGGGUUUGUUUUACUAGGUCAAUGUUUUGGUAGUCUUAUCGGUGCCGUCCUGACUGCAAGAUGGGAUUGGAGGGCUAUCUUUUGGUUUUUAACCAUUGGUUGCGGGAGUUGUUUUCUAAUUGCUUUCCUUAUUCUACCAGAAACAAAGAGAACCAUUGCAGGUAACCUUUCCAUUAAGCCUAAAAAAUUCAUCAAUAGAGCUCCAAUAUUUCUAUUGGGCCCAGUUAGAAGAAGAUUCAGAUACGACAAUCCUGAUUAUGAGACAUUAGAUCCCACCAUUCCCAAGCUAGAUUUGACAUCCGCAGGAAAAAUCCUUGUAUUACCAGAAAUUAUCCUGUCUUUAUUUCCAUCAGGGCUGUUGUUUGCUAUGUGGACGUUAAUGCUUUCAUCUAUUUCAUCGGGUUUAUCAGUGGCACCAUACAACUAUCAUUUAGUUAUUAUUGGUGUUUGCUAUCUACCCGGUGGUAUUGGCGGUUUAAUGGGUUCUUUCUUCACAGGUAGAGUUAUUGACAUGUAUUUCAAGAGAAAAGUGAAGAAGUUUGAACAAGACAAGGCUGACGGGUUGAUUCCACAAGAUGCAGAGAUCAACAUGUUUAGAGUCCGUUUAGUAUGUCUUUUACCUCAAAAUUUCUUGGCCGUCGUAGCCUAUCUUUUAUUUGGUUGGAGCAUAGAUAAGGGCUGGAGAAUCGAAUCUAUUUUGAUUACUUCAUUUGUCUGUUCAUAUUGUGCCAUGAGUACAUUAUCAACAUCGACUACGUUAUUGGUCGAUUUGUACCCAACGAAAUCGUCUACAGCAAGUAGUUGUUUCAACUUUGUCAGAUGUAGUUUGAGUACCAUCUUCAUGGGUUGCUUUGCCAAAAUGAAAACUGCAAUGACCGUAGGUGGUACUUUUACAUUUCUAUGUGCGUUGGUGUUUUUCUUCAACUUCUUAAUGUUUAUUCCGAUGAAGUACGGUAUGAAAUGGAGAGAGGAUAGAUUGUUGAAACAACAAAAAUAG